UAUGCAAAGCUUUGUUUUAACAGCCUAAAGCCAUAAGGACAAAUUAUGUCAAGCUCUGACUUUUCUGUGUUUCUGGCAGGGUGAUGGCUCUACCUUCCUUCAGCUGGGCUCUUCCAUGGAGCAGCAGAUCAAUGGGAUGUUCAAGAUGAUGGAGGAGUACAACUGGGACAGUUUUGUUGUGGUGACCAGCUUGUACCCAGGCUACGACACCUAUGUGGACUACAUCCGCUCCUUUAUUGAUACGUCUUACUUCCUCUGGGAGUUGCAGGACAUCUUGACGUUUGACAUGUCGGCCGACGGCAUGAACGACCUCCGUGCCCGCCGAUUGCUUCAGCAGAUCGAUGCGCAAGUGCUGCUGGUGUACUGCUCGCACGAUGAGGCCCAAUACCUGUUCACCAUGGCCAGGGAAGUGGGUUUGGUUGGUCCGGGGUAUAUCUGGUUUAUCCCCAGCCUUGCAGUGGGAAACCCCAAUAUGCCUCCUCCAGACAGCUUCCCCAUUGGAUUGAUCAGCAUUAUCACAGAUCGCUGGAAGAUGAGCUUGAGACACAGAGUCAGGGAUGGCGUAGCCAUCGUCGUUAAAGCAGUGGAGAGCUUCCGCAAACAGAGAGGGUUUAUUCCUGAUGGACACAUGGAUUGUCAGAGUCCGGUUCGACCGUCCACCAAUGACAGCCUCUACAGGCAUAUGCUGAAUGUGUCAUGGGAGAACACAGACUUUUCCUUCAACAGUGAUGGAUAUCUGAUCAACCCUUCCAUGAUUAUAAUCACUCUGGACCGUGGGAGACAGUGGGAUAAGGUGGGGAAUUAUGAGUAUGGUAUCCUGCAGACGAGGUACCCUGUUUGGCCACGUUAUGGGACCUUCCUGGAGCCUGUGUCUGACAACCGUCACUUGACAGUCGCCACACUGGAGGAAAGGCCUUUUGUGAUCGUGGAAGCUGUGGAUCCUGUUACUGGCACCUGCCUCAGUAACACCGUCCCCUGUAGACGGCAGUCGAACAAGACAGAAACGAUAGUCGGACACACUGAGCCAUACACCAAACUAUGCUGCAAAGGCUUCUGCAUUGACAUCCUGAAAAAGCUCUCUCGCAACAUCAAGUUCUCCUACGACCUCUACCUGGUCACCAACGGCAAACAUGGCAAGCUUGUACGAGGGAUCUGGAAUGGGAUGAUUGGAGAGGUAUUUUAUAAGCGAGCGGACAUGGCCAUUGGCUCUCUGACCAUAAAUGAGGAGCGCUCUGAGAUCAUUGACUUCUCUGUGCCGUUUGUGGAGACUGGCAUCAGUGUGAUGGUGGCCAGGAGCAAUGGAACCGUGUCUCCUUCAGCCUUCUUGGAGCCCUACAGCCCAGCGGUGUGGGUGAUGAUGUUUGUCAUGUGUCUUACAGUCGUGGCAGUGACUGUGUUUGUGUUUGAAUACUUCAGUCCUGUGGGCUACAACCGCAGCCUGGUCAGUGCCAAAGAUCCAGGUGGGCCAACAUUCACCAUCGGGAAGUCAGUCUGGCUGCUGUGGGGGAUCGUCUUCAACAACUCAGUGCCCAUUGAAAACCCCAAAGGCACCACCAGUAAGAUCAUGGUGCUGGUGUGGGCCUUCUUUGCCGUGAUCUUCCUGGCCAGCUACACGGCCAACCUGGCAGCCUUCAUGAUCCAGGAGCAGUACAUUGACACCGUUUCUGGACUGAGUGACAAGAAGUUCCAGAAACCACAAGACCAAUAUCCUCCAUUCCGGUUUGGGACUGUGCCCAAUGGCAGCACAGAAAGAAACAUAAGGAGCAAUUAUCCCGAAAUGCAUUCCCACAUGGUUAAGUACAACCAAAAAGGUGUGGAGGAUGCUCUCAACAGCCUCAAAACUGGGAAGCUGGAUGCCUUCAUAUAUGAUGCAGCUGUGCUUAACUACAUGGCGGGUAAAGACGAAGGAUGUAAAUUGGUGACCAUCGGUAGCGGGAAGGUUUUUGCUACGACAGGCUACGGCAUCGCCCUUCAGAAAGAAUCUCGCUGGAAGCGCCCCAUAGACCUCGCUCUUCUCCAGUUCCUUGCUGACGGUGACACUCAGAAGCUGCAGACAGUGUGGCUCACUGGUAUCUGUCGUAACGAGAAGAAAGAGGUGAUGAGCUCUAAGCUCGACAUUGACAACAUGGCCGGAGUGUUUUACAUGCUUCUAGUGGCUAUGGGUCUCAGUCUGCUGGUCUUUGCAUGGGAACAUCUACUGUACUGGAAGCUACGGCAUUCUGUCCACAAGUCUGAGCGUUUGGACUUCUUGCUGGCUAUUAGCAGGGGAAUCUACAGCUGCUUCAAUGGUGUGGAAGACACGGACCGUAAAGGGAACAUGCAGAACCCAGAUGUCACCACCAGUUACACUCAGGCCAACAUGCUGAAGAUGCUCCAAACUGCUAAGGACAUUGUCUCAUCUGCAAGAGUUGAAAACUCCCUGGACAAUGCCACAAAGACCAUAGAGAACUGGAGUCGACGUGAUCCAGAGUCAGCCAGACCUAGUCUUCCUACCUGCCUCAUAGGAACGGACUUCAGCCAUAGUCGCCUGCCCUGCAUCGCCAGCGUUACGGACAACCACUCACCAUACCCUCAAAACGUGGACAGCACCACUCAGCACUUGCUGGAGAAGCCUCAUGUGGGAACAAGGCCUACCUCACUGCGCUACACUCUUCCCGCACGCACCAGCCACCACCACAUCUACGAAAGAACGCUUCCCAUAUCUAGCCUCAGUAGUCCCCAUAUUGCCAUCAGAGACCCACCUCCUCCUACAGCCCCGAAACCCCACGUGUACGUCGACCAGUCCUGUCACCAUCCUACCUCUCGCUACGUCUCUUACCGUGACUUUCAGGUACCGGACAUCUUUGUGGAACACCAAGAACCUUCAGGAAGCCAUACACAAUACAUGGCUGGUCUGGGUCGCAAAAAGAGGUCCCACAGCUACGUAGCAACAUCUCCAGAAACUCGACGGAGGGGCGACUAUGAUGUUCCCCAGUCCUGUCUGUCUGAGCUUAAAAGCAACCACCUCGUGGAAAACCAUUCUCAUACCACACCCUGCAUGAGAAGCCACUUCCAGAGACCCAGCUCUAGCUGCAACUCCUGUACCAAGUUGUAUCUAGAACCAGAGAUGGAUGACGUUCCUCUUCUGGGGAAAGAUAAAAUGAACCGUCGCGCCUCUUUUCUCAGGGCCACGUGGGGUGGUGACAGGAUCCGGCAGCUGGAUGAGAAGCCCUCCACCUCUGCAUCUUCUACCAGCUGCAUCAACAUGCCUGAUCUGUUCCCUCGAGUGGUCGUGACCAAUCCCAAGCCUUCGAAGAUGUAUGGCAGCGCUGGUAACAACCUUCGCUACAACAUGGCUGUGGAGCCAGCCUAUCUGGACCCAGCCCACAUGGGCUCCUACCCGUACAAGCAGCAGAAGCUCAAGUACUCAAAGUCCAUCCGCCUUCCUUCGUACCGGGAGGCGAUUCUACAGAAUACAGCAGCCCUGCGGCGCUCCUCUUCCACACUAGUGCAUGGACAUUACUCAACGUACCUGAACUCUUACACAGACCUGCCGGUGUACCGGUGUCCUCUACCACAGGGAUCCACUCACUUUCAUGAGAAUUCCAAAGACAUGUGCCACCUGUUUCCAUGUGUCAACCAUUGCCCGGAUAAUGCCGCCUUGGUGCCCCGGUUAGGCAGCAGACCUGUAUUGUACCAGAACACUGCUAUUGGAAGCUACGAGGGGGCCGGGCGCUCAAACGAGGAGUCGUUGCACACUGUGCCGUUCUCUUCCGUACGCAGGGACCGCAGGCAGGUUCUAGUGGCACGGAACGUACACAGUCCCUAUGCCCCACGGCCCUGGGGUAGGGUAUCUAGUCUGGAGUCAGAGGUUUGAAGACCUUUUAAGAGAUCUCCAGAGACAGUUUCCCCCAAACAGUGAGGGUAACAUGCUGGGAACUGCUAAAUGAAGUCAAGCAAAAAAGUUAGGUGGACUAGAGGUGGUAAUCUCAGUGCAAUAAAACCCUAAGACAGCAGGGAUGGGAUGGGGGAAUGUACAAGUGAUUACUGUGGAGACGUCUUUCAGUAUACUUUAAAAAAUAAGAGUUAAAAUAAUAAUGAACUGUUCUUAAUCUAUACUCUAUUGAUUGUUAUUUAAACUGUUUUUAAAAUGCCAUUACACCAGUUACACUCAUUCUCUGCAAACAAUUGGAUGUAGCAUGUUUUAAGGCAGCUUUAAAACCAAAAGGGUUUGAAUUGAAAUUCUGGUUUUUAUUUGUCAGGGCAUUUAGCCAUUUUAAAUCUGGAGAACCAAUGGAGAAUUUUAUAACAUAGCCACACAAAAAUGUCUUCCAAGAAUUUUCUAAACCCAGGUGUUUGAGAAAGCCAUUCAUUGUCAAAUUUUGUCACUCCACUGAUGUAAUUCAGAUCUGAUUUUAAGAAUGGUGAAGAAUUGAUUUGCCUUCUGUAGUUCCACAGCUAUUUCACUGUUUAAUAAAUGAUGGGAUGGCCUGAGGGCCAACUGAAAAGGA